GAGGAGGUGGCAAGCCACACCCCGCGGUGCCCGCGAACUUCCCGGCCGAGGUCCUCGCGCAGACAGACGCCGCCGAGAUGCAGAGCGCGGGGCUGCGGACCGCCGCCCACCUCCUCUGCGUGUUCGCCGCGGUGCUGGCCGCGGCCCCGGGGCCCCAGUUUCUGGUGACAGUCCCAGGGAUCGUCAGGCCUGGAGGAAAUAUAACUAUCGGGGUGGAUCUUCUGGAACAUAGCCCCCCGCAGGUCACCGUGAAGGCGGAGCUGUUCCUGGUGACCUCAAACCUCAGUGUCUCUGUCCUGGAAGCAGAAGGAGUCUUUGAAAGAGGCUCUUUCAAGACACUUAUUCUUCCAUCGCUACCUCUGAACAGUCCAAGUGAGAUUUAUGAGCUACACAUAACUGGACGUGCCCAGGAUGAGAUUUUAUUCUCUAAUAGGACACGCUUAUCAUUUGAGACCAAGAGAAUGUCUGUCUUCAUUCAAACAGACAAGGCCCUCUACAAGCCAAAGCAAGAAGUGAAAUUUCGCAUUGUUACACUCUUCUCAGAUUUCAAGCCUUACAAAACCUCUUUGAACAUUCUCAUUAAGGACCCCAAGUCAAAUUUGAUCCAACAGUGGUUGGCACAACAAAGUGAGCUUGGAGUUAUUUCCAAAACUUUUCAAUUAUCUUCCCAUCCAAUACUUGGUGACUGGUCCAUUCAAGUUCAAGUGAAUGACCAGACGUAUUAUCAGUCAUUUCAGGUUUCAGAAUAUGUAUUACCAAAAUUUGAAGUGACUUUGCAGACACCAUUAUAUUGUUCUAUGAAUUCUAAGAAUUUAAAUGGUACCAUCACAGCCAAGUAUACAUAUGGGAAGCCAGUGAAAGGAGCUGUAACGCUUACGUUUUUACCUUUAUCCUUCUGGGGUGUGAAGAAAAAUAUUACAAAACAAUUUGAGAUAAAUGGAUCUGCAAACUUCUCUUUUAAUGAUGAAGAGAUGAAAAAUGUAAUGGACUUUUCAAAUGACCUUUCUGAAGACAUGGAUGCAUCUCUCCCUGGGCCGGUAGAAAUUGUAGCAACUGUGACAGAGUCACUUACAGGCAUCUCAAGAAAUGCGAGCGCCAAUGUGUUUUUCAAGCAACACGAUUACAUCAUUGAAUUUUUUGAUUAUGCUACUGUCUUGAAGCCAUCUCUCAACUUUACAGCCACUGUAAAAGUAACCCGUUCUGAUGGCAACCGCCUGACUCUUGAAGAAAGAAGAAAUAAUGUGGUCUUGACAGUGACACAAAGAAACUAUACGGAGUACCGGGGCAGCUGGAACAUUGGAAACCAGAAAAUGGAAGCCAUCCAAAUCAUCAAUUAUACUGUCCCCGCGAACGGGAUCGUUAAGGUUGAAUUCCCAAUCCUGGACAAUUCCAGCGAGCUGCAGUUGAAGGCCUAUUUUCUUGAAAGCACAAAUAACAUGGCAGUUCAUGGUAUGUUUACUUCUCCCACUAAGACAUACGUCCAGCUAAAAACAAGAGAUGAAAACAUCAAGGUGGGAUCACCUUUUGAGUUGGUGGUUACGGGCAACAGACGGUUGAAGAAGUUAAGCUAUAUGAUAGUAUCCAAGGGACAGUUGGUGGCUGUAGGCAAACAAAAUUCGACAACCUUCUCUUUGACACCAGAAAAUUCUUGGGCUCCAAAAGCCUGUGUCAUUGUGUAUUAUGUUGAAGACAAUGGGGAAAUUAUAAAUGAUGUUCUACAAAUUACUGUUCAGCUUGUUUUUGAAAAUAAGAUAAAGCUAUUUUGGAGUAAAGCUAAUGCAAGACCAGCUGAGAAAGUCUCUCUAAGGAUCUCUGUGACACAGCCUGGCUCCAUAGUUGGGAUUGUAGCUGUUGACAAAAGUGUGAAUCUGAUGAAUACUUCAAAUGAUAUUACAAUGGAAAAUGUGGUCCAAGAGUUGGAACUUUAUAACACAGGCUAUUAUUUAGGCAUGUUUAUGAAUUCCUUUGCAGUCUUUCAGGAAUGUGGCCUCUGGGUAGUGACAGAUGCGAAUCUUACAGAGGAUUAUAUUGACGGUGUUUAUGACGGCAUGUUAUAUGCUGAGACGUUUGUGGAGGAAAGCAAUAUGGUAGAACUGGCUGACUUUUCUUCAGUCAGCAAUCCACACGUCAGAAAGCAUUUUCCAGAGACUUGGAUUUGGCUAGACACCAACAUGGGAUCCAGGAUAUUCCAACAGUUUGAGGUUACUGUACCUGAUUCUAUCACUUCUUGGGUGGCUACUGGUUUUGUGAUCUCUGAGGACCUGGGUCUUGGACUAACAACUACUCCAGUGGAGCUCCAAGCCUUUCAGCCAUUUUUCAUUUUUUUGAAUCUUCCCUAUUCUGUUAUCAGAGGUGAAGAAUUUGUUUUGGAAAUAACCAUAUUCAAUUAUUUGAAAGAUGCCACUGAGGUUAAGGUAAACCUUGAGAAAAGUGACAAAUUUGAUAUUCUAAUGACUUCGAAUGAAGUGAAUGCCACGGGGCAUCAGCAAACCAUUCGGAUCCCCAGGGAGGAUGGGGCCACCGUCCUGUUCCCCAUCAAGCCCACCCACCUGGGAGAAAUUCCCAUCACAGUCACAGCUGUUUCACCCACUGCUUCUGAUGCGAUCACCCAGAAGAUUUUAGUAAAGGCUGAAGGAAUAGAAAAGUCAUAUUCUCAAUCCGUCUUAUUAGACUUAACUGACAACAGGCUGCAAAGUACCACGAAAACUUUGAGUUUCUCAUUUCCUCCUGAUACAGUGUCUGGCAGUGAGAGAGUUCAGAUCACCGCAGUUGGAGAUGUUCUUGGCUCUUCCAUCCAUGGCUUAUCCUCCCUGAUUCGGAUGCCUUAUGGCUGUGGGGAACAGAACAUGAUAAAUUUUGCUCCAAAUAUUUACAUUUUGGAUUAUCUUACUAAAAAGAGACAACUGACAGAUCAUGUAAAAGAAAAAGCCCUGUCAUUUAUGAGGCAAGGUUACCAGAGAGAACUUCUCUAUCAGAGGGAAGAUGGCUCCUUCAGUGCUUUUGGGGACGAUGACCCUUCUGGGAGCACUUGGUUAUCAGCUUUUGUUUUACGAUGUUUUCUGGAAGCUGACCCUUACAUAGAUAUAGAUCAGAAGGUGUUACGGGAUACAUAUACGUGGCUCAAAGGACAUCAGAAAUCCAGCGGUGAAUUUUGGGAGCCAGGAAGAGUGAUUCACAGUGAACUUCAAGGUGGCAAUAAGAGUCCAGUAACACUUACAGCCUAUAUUGUGACUUCUCUCCUGGGAUAUAAAAAAUAUCAGCUUAAUAUUGAUCUACGAGAUUCUAUCAACUUCUUGGAGUCUGAAUUGAGUAGAGGAAUUUCAGACAAUUAUACUCUAGCUCUUACAACUUACGCACUGUCACUGGUGGGGAGUCCUAAAGCGAAGGAAGCCUUGAAUGUGCUGACUCAGAGAGCAGAACAAGAAGAAGGCACACGAUUCUGGGUGUCAUCAGUGUCCAAACUUUCUGACUCCUGGCAGCCACGUUCCCUGGAUAUUGAAGUUGCUGCCUACGUGCUGCUCUCCCACUUCCGGCAAUUUCAGGUUUCCGAGGGAAUCCCGAUUAUGAAGUGGCUCAGCAGACAGAGAAACAGCUUGGGAGGUUUUGCAUCUACUCAGGAUACCAUUGUGGCCUUAAAAGCCCUGUCUGAAUUUGCAGCCCUAAUGAAUACAGAAAGGACAGAUAUCCAAGUGACUGUGACGGGGCCCAGCUUGCCAAGUCCUGUAAAGUUUCUGAUUGACGCACACAACCGCUUUCUUCUUCAGACAGCAGAGCUUGCUGUGGCGCAGCCAACUGACAUUAAUAUUUCUGCCAAUGGUUUUGGAUUUGCUAUUUGUCAGUUGAAUGUUGUUUACAAUGUGAAAGAUUCUGGGUCUUCUAGAAGGCGAAGAUCUAUCUCAAAUCAAGAAGCCUUUGAUUUAGAUGUUACUGUAAAAGAUAACAAAGAGGAUGUCAAUCAUGUGAAUUUGAACGUGUGCACAAGGUUCCUCGGCCCAGACAGGAGCGGCAUGGCUCUCAUGGAAGUGAACCUGCUCAGUGGCUUUGCUGUGCCUCCAGAUGCCAUUCCGCUAAGCCAGACAGUGAAGAAAGUGGAACACGAUCAUGGAAAACUCAACCUCUACUUAGAUUCUGUAAAUGAAACCCAGUUCUGUGUUGAUAUUCCCGCUGUGAGAAGCUUUAAAGUUUCAAAUACCCAGGAUGCUUCCGUGUCCAUAGUGGACUACUAUGAGCCAAGGAGACAUGCGGUGAGAAGCUACAACUCGGAAGCGAAGCUGUCCUCUUGUGACCUCUGCAGAGACGUCCAGGGCUGCGGUCCUUGUGUGGAUGGGGCUUCCCGUGACUCUUCUAGCCUUUUCGCCUUCUGGUUGGUGCUGCUGUUCUCUUUGCAGCAUUGGCUGUGAUUUGUUUCCCAAGGACUCCACGUAGCGCCAGCAUUUCCGGAAGUCACAUGGGAUUGUUUUGUCUUCAUAAUCAAAUACUGCUUCUGACUGUUUUGAAAAUCAAGUUUUGCUCUUUCUGUGGGAUUGGGGGCCGUGGUGUAAAGAAGGCCUGGUAUGGGUGGACAGCUGCGCAGACGUCCUCACCUCAUCUUCGUGUGGAAGGAGGUGAGGGUGGUGGCAGUUGUGUAACUGUAUUUCCCCUGCUCCACAUGUUUUAGGAUUUUUUUUUUGAGGUAUUUGUUUUCUCCGGAAUAAAUGUGUUAUUUUAGAAUAGUUAUCCUUCUCUUUUUGUAAAAGAAAUGAACAUGUGUUCUUAAGGAUUAUUAUAUAUCAGUGUUUGCUUUAGUAUUGAAGAUGGAGUUCCCCAGGAACUGGGAGAAGACAUUCAGCCAGAGGGUCUUGUUCUGUUCCCUGUCCACUUCCCACCCAACUCUCCUGCCCACCUCCUACCCCAGACCCGGUGGGCUCAGUGUGUAUUUCUUAGCUGGACAUUAUUUUCUUCUCUUGAAUGUAGGUGGUGAAUUUUUUAAAAAGUGAAAUAGCCUUUUUUCUCACUCCAAAUCUGAUCACAUACCCUCCCUCUCUUUUACUUCUGGAGAGCAGAGUGAGAGUGGCAAGGUGUUUUCCUGAGCUUUGCACACUGGCUCAGAGGUUGAGGAGUGUACUGACCACUGCCGGGAGGGCCCGGGGUGCGGCCUCUGUCCUGCAUCCUUGGCCCAGGCACUGGCUUAUUUCAGGGACGAGAGUCGGAGGGCAUUGCCCUGUGUGUCUUAUGUGGCUCAGAGUAUCACAGCCUAGACAAGGAGACACAGUGAGCCAGGUACAACAGAACACUGGAGAAGUCGCACUAGGCUGAUCUCCCUGUCGUCUGAGAAACAAGUUGGGUUGGUUUGGCAGGAUUAGAGAGUCUUGCUGUGACUGCUGAUCUGAAGUGUUACAGGGUGUCAACCAGGAACCCUACGGAACCGUCCUAGUCUCAGGGGUCUGAAGGUCAGAGUGCUAGCUGUCAAGUGGUAUCUGAUGCUUUCUGUCAAUCUUUAAGAAGAUGCCUGAAUUUCAAGCACUUUAAUCAUUGGUUACCUUGUAUUCUGAAGGUUAAUAUUAUUUAUCUGGAUGAUAAUUUUAACGAGAAAUCUUUCUUCCCCAUUAAUUUUUUCCCUCUUUUUCUCUUCCUUCUUUCUUUCUUUUCAUCCCUUUUCUUUUUUCCCUUCUAAAUAUAUUGAAAUAAUUUAGGUAAAGAAGAAACUUAAAGACAUUUCAGAAGAAAAUUAAAGACCUUUUAUUAAAUCUAAGAAAUGCUUUAAUUUUGUUCUUCAAUUCCAUGAAUUUCUUUCAAGUGGGCAUGGGAAAAGUAGCUGUCCUGGGCUCCAAAGAAUUUGGUGUAUGUUUUCAGCUAUUUAAAAGUAAAUUUAUCAAAGUUAAAGUAUGCAAAUAUAUCUUUAAUUUUAAAAAGAAUGCUUUUAUUUUAUUAAUUUUAAGAAAUUGUGGUGGGAUGGAUGUUCAUGUAUUUGUUAUGAACAUUUUUGAUGUGUAUUUGGGCAAACACAUAGUUUUUUUGUAUUUAUUUUUAAGUGGGAAGUAGUUUUUAGAUGUGUUGUCCCUUUGACACAAUUGUCCCAACAAGGUUCCUGUUAUGUUUGGGCCUUCCUGUAGUAAUGUUUUCAGCCUUUAUCCUCUGGGACUUCUUUAGAGUUGAAAUCAUCUUAUAAUGAAGUUGGAAAGACUUCGCAAAGGAUUUCCUUCUCCUCUUCUUAACUGGGGGGCCCUAUGCUGAUAGCAAUAUUUCAUAUUCUUCAGUACAUAAUCUAUAGCACACUUGUACUGUAACACAUUAGGAUACACUAGCAUGGAAUGGUCAUUGGAAGGCAGGUCGUGUUCUGUUUUUUAGACUAAAUCUGUUCAUUUGAAAACUAUAAUUCAAAUACAUUUUUGUGAAGGAUGAUAUAUUUUCAAGUUAAAUGUCACCUUGUAACUCGUAUCUUUUUGUUAUAAGCUCAUUAAAGGUGAGGAGGGGGCGAGGAGGAGAGGGGGUGAGGCAGCAUGCCUCGUGGUACAUGGGAUGGUACGGUCCUGGGCUCUUCCUCCCUCCGGCCCCUCUCAGAGAACCUGCUCUGCGGCAGGCAGGGCCUUUGGACUGUUUUCUUCACUUGCUGUGAGUAAUAAUGUUAAAAACCUCGUUUUACCUUUCGGAUUGGUUAUACUGAUGUUCUUCUGUUUCGAACACUGUCACUUUUGUUUACCAGUAUGAAUUAAUUUGAAGUCCUCCUUCUUUUUCUCUGACAGGGACCUUAUUAAGACACCAGCCUACCUUACUUCCAUUUUGACCAGCCAAUGGUUCCAGAGACUAAACGUUGGCAAUGUCUAGCAGCCAAACAAUUCUAGGACAGAGUUACACUUUUAUAUUCUUACUACCUUCAGUUAUAGUCCUAAAAUAGAAAUUAAAGCCCAUUACAAUUUGCUCAGUUAAUCAAAAGCUUCUUUUUCUUGUGCUGUCCUACUACACUUUGUUUUCCAAAAUCUUUUGGUUAUAUUAUAAUCCAAGGAGCCCCGUGCUCAUAAAGAAUCCAGAUACACAGCUGUUACCACACCUUCCAUGGGGGUAUUUUCCGACUUGUAGAUAGAGUAACUCUUCCUGCUCUUAUUCUUUUCAGCCUAGGUAUACUUAUUUUUUCAAAAAAGUCAUAUUUAGCCUUAAUUUCUUUUUAUGCUAAAUAGUCUGGCAACGUAAUGCCAACAAUGUCUAUUUUGACAUAAUUCAAUUAUUUCAUUUGAUAUUUCUGGCUAUCCCAUGACAUUAAAACAACCUAGAACUAUGAUUUUUCUUUGUCAUUUAAUUUUUUUAUAGAGCUAUUUUUUAAACCUGCUGCCAUAUAAUCUGGCGUUCUUUGUAACAGCCUUACUUUUCCUAAUUUACUUUAGUGAAUUAUUGAAUACUCAUUUGUAUAAAAAUAUGUUGUAAAUACCCCCUUGGCAAGAUUUCUCAGCAUAAAGGCCGUGCUUAUUUUGAGUCGGCCAAGUGGCUACCGUGGGUCAGGGGCCAUUCUGCACUCUUGGGUGCAUUAUUUUCUUGUACACUGUAAAUUUAAGACACUUCUAGUAAGUGGACUCACUCUUGGCUUACUUCAAGUCCGUUUUGCUUUCUCAGUAGAGGCUUCUGUGAGGCAGGCAGAAGAGUACAUUCCUCACUUUUCUUUGGGCUCAAAUUCUAGGAAGGCGUAGCACUUUUAAGAACUUAAAUUUUUUUCUAUCAUCUCUUCAAAUGAUAUUUAUGUAAAUGUCAUAUAUCUUAAGUUACAUUGGGAGUCAUCUGAGGUGCAAUUAUUUUUAUCACUACUUUGGAUAGAGGACCAUUCUUCUACUUUCUUCAGAAAACUAAGCAGUAAAUACAACUUUUUAAUUAGUAUGUAUCACUGAGAGUAGGCUUUGUUUUGCAGCUUUUACUGGCUCAGGAGUUGUGUUCCCGUGUGCCUCAUCAAAAGAUAGUCACAUCGCAUCAUUGUAUAAAAUACAUAGUCAUGUUCAUGUCAAUCUUAACAUAGGAAGAUAGACGUCUCUCAGAUGAUUGCUGGGGGUGUCAUGUCAAAGGAUGCUUGCUCGUACGUUUGUAGGCAUGUAUCUUUGUAGUAGGGAUGGUUUUGGUUUUUGUGUUGCUACCUAUUUAAGAAUCAUCCUUCCUCAUAUUGUCAUGAGGCCAAGAUUCAGCACUCUUUGGCCCAACGUAUUGAAUCGGUGGUGGUAGAUCUCUAAGAUUUAUCUUUGAUUCCUUCAACAGAAUGUGUCUUGCUGCUGGUCCUCUACGCCUCUAUGUUUGGGUUUAGUAGGAUGCAGUGGAUGUCACGUCAGUCUCUUUUGUACACAGGAAGAUUUAUAAAAUUUAAUUCAUGAAUUCCCUAUUGUGGGACGAUGUUUUGCAAAUCAGGAGAGUACUAUUGAAGUAAACAAUAUUUUUUCAGGAAUUAAAGCUUUAUCUAUUGAGGUGAUUCUGAAAGUUUUAGUGUUGAAUGUUGGAAUGUUAUGUUGUUAAUUGUACUCUAUUAUAGACUGAAUAAAAACUCAUGACUCGUCAAUAAAAAUUUAAA